CCAAAAGGGUUAAGGUUUCAUCAUUGCUCCCCAAAAGGGUUUCAUUGCUCCCCAAAAGGGGUAGUUACAUUGCUCCCCAAAAGGAUUAGGGUUACAUUGCCCCCCAAAAGGGUUACAUUGCUCCUCAGGAGGCUCCCCAAAAGGGUUAGGGUUACAUGGCUCCCCAAAAGGCUCCCCACAAGGGGUGGGUUUACAUUGCUUCCCAAAAGGCCGCUUUUCUACUGAUGCGAACAUUAACGGCACAUGGGACACAAUAGUGGAAGGAUGCACUUUCUCCCUCACGGUGGGCCAAAAACGAGACCCAGAAAGCCAAGGAGUAGCUUCCGGUUGGAAACUGCAAGGUUUUCCUUCGGGAAAGUCUUAGGAUUUCCUGCGGGUUUUAGGAAGAGGGGUUGAGGGAGUGUUCUUAAUGCGUUGUUCAAUGCCAUCGGAUGCUGGGUCACGUCAUUUUUGGUUCUCGCUUGGCGAUCAUAACCCUGAGGCCUUCUUUUCGUUGUGUCUUGCAGGGCAUUUUCAUCAAGGACUCCAACUCCCUGGCUUACUACAACAUGACCAGCGGGUCCAUCAUCCACUUGGCCCUCAAGGAAAGAGGAGGGAGGAAGAAGUAGGUGUAGGGGGUCCUUUGGCGACGAAGAGGCUGAGCUUUGGACCUCUUUCACGUCCAGAGAGAGAGCCGCCACCUUGCGCACGCAGCUGCUAUUAAGUUUGAAGCUUCGUUAUGCGCAUGUUGCGCUGUAAUGUUCGUUACGCCAAUGGCGUUCCUCCCUUCUGUAUUCAUUGCUUGUUUUUUCCCCUAGCCGUGUUUGGCUUGGCUUGGACCCAGUUCAAAACAUACAGAAAGCAGUUAAGAGAAUGAGUUAAACAUUUCAGCCUUGCUACCUGUAGUAUUUUGCAAGUAAAUUUAUGUUGUGUGUAAUAAAAAUUAUUACAUUCGUUUACGUCCCACUUUGUGUUUUGUCACCGCUCAGAUCCUAUAUCCUCGCAUUGCAAUGGUCAUAUAUGGGGCACUGAAGGUUAUAUAUUAUACUAAUGGUCAUGUAUGGGUCACUGAAGGUUAUAGAUUAUAUUAAUAGUCAUAUGGGACACUGAAGGUUAUAGAUUAUAUUAAUGUAUUAAUGGGACACGGUGAUACAUAGGAUCCUAUGUAUUGGAAGGGUCUCUCUCCUAAGGGUCCUAUAGUCCGAACCCAGAGAAGCGCAUGGCAACCAUGAUGUGGAGAGAAGCCCCAAGCCUUGUUUCCAUUUGAAAAGGUUCCAUGCCUGCCUUGGGUUCCAUGUUCCGCUCUAGAAUGCAGCUGAGGCCAGUGCGGCCGUUGGACGCCAGUCAGUGCCCUUCUGGACAGCGGCUUGACCAGUUCGUGGAGGGCAUCUUGACCUGUGGCCAUUCGGGUUCUCGGUGCUGCCAUGGCACGCGGAGAGAAUUUUCUCAACGCCGUCAGGAAGUCCAUCGGGAAGACCAUCAGGAAGACUGUCAAGUUCUUCUCGUGUAAUAUACGACCAAAAGAUGAGGAGGACGAGGACGUCCCCAGGCGUCUUCGAAGACACAAGAAGACGCAAUCAACCCACUUCGAGGAGGAAGUGGUGGAAGACAUCGCCGCGUUGUCCGCAGACAUCCAUCCCUCUCCGUCGGAGAAGCUGACCGCGGACAUCGAUCCCUCCCUGUUGGAGGAGUUGACCGCAGAUGUCUAUCCCCCUCUGUGGGAGGAGUUGACCGCGGACAUCGAUCCCUCUCUGUUGGAGGAGCUGACCGUGGAUGUCUUUCCCCCUCUGUUGGAUAAGUUGACCAUGGAUGUCCAUCAGUUUCCAUCGCGGGAGCUGACCGCAGAUGUCCAGCAGUCUCCGUCGCAGGGUUUGACCACGGGCAUCCAUACCUCUUCGUCGCAGAUAGUGGUCGUUGCACAGGUCCACCGUGCUUUUUCGGAUUCCCCCGAAACAGAGGAGGCCAAAGACAAGGCGGAGGAGAAGGAAGACAACGAAGGGGAUCAGAGCGUUGUCCAGAAAGAACAGUUGGCAAAGGACCUCGCCGAGGAGAAGCCUGCCAUCCUAUGGGACCUCGACGACGAUAUCUGGCGGGUGGAGGACGAAUGUCGCCCGCACUUGGUUUCGCGUAGGUAAGUUCUUCUCACCUGGCAGGAGGGAUGGCUGUUGUAACCC